AAUGAAGGCUGUCACCGGAACCAGAUGUCACCAUGCCUCGAGAGCAGGGCCCGGCUGAUGGGCAGAUUUCCUAUCAGUCCUGCGCGGCUGGUAUCCUGCUGGGCAGAGCGGGAGGAGCCGGAGGCUGGAGCCAUCCCUGCCCAUCCGUCCUGGGCUGCCUGCUCUGUCCUCCUCACGCAGGUGCGGCUGCAGACCCAGACCACAUACCGGGGCAUCUUCGACUGCGUGGUUAAGACUUACCGCCAUGAGUCGCUUCUGGGUUUUUUCAAGGGAAUGAGCUUCCCCAUUGCAAGCAUAGCCGUGGUCAACUCCGUGCUGUUCGGGGUCUACAGCAACACGCUGCUGGCGCUCACAGCGACUUCCCACCAGGAGCGGCGGACCCAGCCUCCCAGCUACGUGCAUGUCUUCCUCGCUGGCUGCACGGGAGGCUUCAUGCAGGUCUACUGCUUGGCCCCUUUUGACCUCAUCAAAGUCCGGCUACAAAACCAGACAGAGCCGAGGGCGCGGCCAGGCAGCCCCCCGCCCCGGUACCGGGGUCCCGUGCACUGCGCAGUCUCCAUCUGCCAGGAGGAGGGGCCCCGGGGCCUCUUCCGGGGAGCCUGGGCCCUGAUGCUGAGGGACACCCCGACAUUGGGCAUCUAUUUUGUCACCUACGAGUGGCUUUGCCGCCAGUCCACACCAGAAGGACAGAGCCCCAGCUCAGCCUCGGUGUUGGUGGCAGGGGGCUUCGCAGGCAUCGUCUCCUGGGCGGUGGCCACCCCCUUGGACGUGAUCAAGUCCCGGAUGCAGAUGGCGGGGCUGAAGCACAGGGUGUACCGGGGGGUGCUGGACUGCAUGGCGAGCAGUGUCCGGCAGGAAGGCCUGGGGGUCUUCUUCCGGGGGCUGACGAUCAACAGCGCCCGCGCCUUUCCUGUCAACGCUGUCACCUUCCUCAGCUACGAGUACCUCCUGCGCUGGUGGGGCUGAGCGUGGCCACGUAGUGUCCCCAGCUCCCCCGCCAGAUCCCCGCCCCACCGCCCAGAUGCGGGGUCACGGGGAGCGCACCCGCUUGCUUCUCCAAUUGGAGAGGCCGGGCCUUUCCUGAUGGGCAGGCAGCGGCGGAGGGCCGGGCCUCGGGCUCCUGGACUCCGGACCCCAGGGCUGGCUUCAGGCUCCCAGCACCACUUGCCUUGGCUCCUGUGCUCCCCAGGGCUGUGAAACACUCUCAGUGGCCCCUGGUGUCGGUGACAUUUGGCCCGACCUGAGACUUCACCCCUCAGAGAGCUCCCAGAACCGGCUCUCCUGGGCGCUAAUGACCCCCUGGAUUCCAGCACCGCAUCCUCACCCAUCCCCCACCUGCUCCCCCAAGCUGGAGAGCAGCCUUCUCUCCCCUGCUGGUCCAGAACCCUUCAGUGGCUCCCUUGGCCUGUGGGGAAAAGCCCCACCUCCUGGGCCCUCUCCUCCCUGGAGGCUUGGGUGGCCCUUGAUCCCUCCUGGCCAGCAGAGGGCAGCACACCCCUUGGCUAAGCCCGCUCCUUGGCCCAGGCAGAGCACUGUCUGCCAGAGUCCUCCCUGACAGGCAAGGGAGUUCCCCGUCGCUCCCCACUGGCUGUGGGGUUUUCGUAUCACCCCCUACCCCCUCCUUUAUUCCCCAACCCUCGCCCUGCCCCCCCCAUCCCUCCCACAUCCCACCACAUGCCUCUAUCACAGCCCCCGGGUUUCUGAUUCGCUGCUCAACUUGGCCCCAUGACACAGGGAGCUCCUAGAGAUCAGGGGUCAGACUUCGGAUCUGUUCCCCCACUCCGGCCACCACACCUGCUUCCUUCAUCCUGACCCCCCAUCUUAGGUUUUGCCUGCAUGGCCCCUCUCGGAGUGGUCCCAGAAGUCAGGAACCACUCCUCCCGGGGUGUCUCCCGUCUCCUCAUUGAUGGCGUUUAUUUUCUUUACUUGUCUCAAUUGCUAAGCGACAAUGACAAGAAAGUUUGCUUGAAUGGCAAUAAAGCUGAGCAGAGUUUGUACCCAC